AUAAAGGUUGGUUGUGUCAGCGACCAUCAUAUUGGUUAACUGUAUGAUGUGCAUUCCAAUCAUAAGUUUUAAGCCAAAAAUAGUGAUUAAAAUAUGCAGUUUCUGAUAUGAUAAAUAUGCUAACAAAUAUGAAAGAAUUGAGUGUCUUCGUGUUAUUGAUGCUGGCAUCUCUGAGUGAGGGAAAACCACUUCAGAGAACUAAGCGCGCCAUUAUGAAGGACUAUUUCAAUCCUCUUACAUAUCCGACAGAUAAAUUAAAAUUCGAAAAAGGAGAAGACGGCAAAUUUCAUGCACAGGAACUUGGCGAUUCAAUUCAUAGCAAAGUUGACUAUGUCGUCGCACAUGACAUUGAUGCGAGCAACGAAAUCAUUGGGGAUGUUUUAAAAUCUUCCGAAAAGACUAUAAAAGCUGAUAACUCAGCUAUUGCAAAUACUGAAAAGGUAGGCUUAAACCCUGAGUCUUCUGCUAUUUCUAAAUUUAAACUACAAAAGGAAGGUAUGGACCUUUCCACCAAAGUCUUGACUGCUGACAAAGGGAAAACUGAAGUAAAUGAAACGAAUCAGGAAAAAGUUGUCUCUGAAACCACAGCAAAGCUAGAUUCUGAAAUGAAAGCUGGAAAUGUAGCAAGCAAAGAGCAUGAAAUGAGCGCAAAAUUAGAUAUUCCAGUAGAUUCCAAAUGGUCUUUGGUUCCUAAACCUGACGGGAAAGAUGACAAACCUUACGAAGGUGGCGAAGAAUAUCUUCCAGAGCCCCCAGUUGCCCCAGAAGAGAAAGAUGAUGAGGGAAAAGUAGAAAUAGGCCAAAUUCCAAAGCAUCACCCAGUUUUUGUACCUCCUAAUAUUCCUUUGCUGAUCCCCAAAAGAAUUUCAUUUCGCAUGCUAUCUUUGCUACCUAAACCACCUGCAAUAGACAUUUCAGACAGGCUGCCCUUACCUGAGCCUGAAGUUGUUGAAGAAAGUUCAGAAACAGCUGUUGUUGAAAAUAUAAGUCCCAGAGGCCCCAUGGUCAUCAAAGGAGGAACGCGAUUUGUUGCCAAUCAUCUUCUUCAUCCACUGCGAAUCGGACUACAGCUACCAUUUUUGCCUAUUGCACAUAUUUUAAAAGAAGCUGCUGCAAAGGAAAAAUUAAAAGGUCAGGCCAAAUCACAAAUAGUAGACAUUGGAGGUCGCAAAAUGCUCUUACAAAAAAAGAUUUUGAUGUCACCUCACCACGAUCCAAGUCUCAUGCAUGUCAGCGUGAUGUCCAUCCAACCUUUAGACGAUGUGGAUCCAGAAAUCCUGAAAGAUCUCGAUCAGGAUGAGAAAGAGCUAGAGAGUGAAGAAGCGCGCCUGGAGAAAGAUCUGAAGCUUGAUGGAAAGAAAGAGGCAGAAAAAAGAUCUGUUAAAGAUGAUAAAAUCGAUGCAGUUGUCACAGAAGAAGAAAAGAAGGGUACAGAUAUGAUUUCUAAGCAUAUACCUCAACCAGAAACUUUGGAUAAAGAGAAAACUGUAGUGAUUGAAGAAAAAACUGUUGAUGAUAAAGUACCACCACCAGAAGCUUUUGCACCAGUCAUUCCUGCAAUUUUCAUUGCUGCGGAGGGAACCAAAAAGGAAGAGAAAGAAGGUGUAGCAACUAAAGAGUUUGAGGCGGAACCUAAGCUCAAAGAAGACGACAUAAAAAAGGCUGAAGAGAGUCAUACCGUAAAAGAAUCUGGACUGAAGACGGAAAUACAAACAGAAAGUAAAUUGGAUGAAAAUAUGGAGAAGAAUAAAAAUAAGGAAAUUAUACCCGUUUCUCCUGAAGAAAAAGAGGAAGAAAAAACUAUAUCUGUGGUAGAAAAAGAGAAAGAUGUAUUGAUUGGAACUGAAGAUCUCCUAAAAUUUAGAGAUCAAAUAGAAAACCAGGAGACUCCUAGCAUUGAUUCCUUUAAAAAAGAAGCAGAAGAGGAUCUCAUGACAGGCGAAUUUGUAUUUGAAAAAGAAAGUCAAUCAAAAGAUGAAGAGGUAGCCCAAUCAAAGAGAGUAGAAGUUACUCUAAAACCAGAAGAAGGUACUAAGUACAUUCUUGCCAUUGAAGGGAAGAAAGGAGAUGAGGGUAUGCUCGAAGCAGAAGACGUUGCUGCAUCAAGCAGCGGCACGGAAUUUGCAGUAAGUAAACAUUCUGAAGCUGAUAUUCUAAAGGAUAAGAAAAUUAUGACUGAGGAUAAGAAAGCUACGACUGAGGAUAAGAAAGCUACGACUGAGGAUAAGAAAGCUACGACUGAGGAUAAGAAAGCUACGACUGAGGAUAAGAAAGCUAUGACAGAGGAUAAGAAAGCUAUGACUGAGGAUAAGAAAAACGAGGAAGUAAAGUUAAGUAUGGAAGAAACCCUUGAUUCACGCAGUGCAACUAAGAUCACUACCGGUGAAGAAGCUGAAGAAAAAACUGAUAUGAAGUUUGAAUUCAGAGAGCUUCACGAGGAAUCCAUGAUCGAAAAAAAGAAAGGAGAUGAUGAAAUUUUAAAUUCGAAAAAAGAUGCUGCUUCUCAUGUCGCUACUGAAAUCAUCACAGACAAAGAUGCGAAAGAAAAAACGGAUAUUAUAAAUGUACAGCAUUCGGAAGAAAGUAUCCCCAAAACUGAAGGUUUUGGUUUAACGAAAAGUGAAGGUGCUGUUUUAGAAGAAAGGAAAAAGAAAUUUGAAGAAGGAAAAGACAAAUCGCUCUCAAAGAAGAAGAAGAGGAAGUGCAAGUGUGAAGACAGCGACGAGAGCGACUCUGAGGAUGAAGAUGACAUCGAAUAA